AUGGACAGACAGCCUCGCCAUGAUCAACAAGGAACACCGGCGUCAGAGAACCCCAAUGUCUUCGACGAUGAGUUCGCUAUCGACAAUGAUCCUCUCGAGCCGGAGUUCAGCGUAGCGGAUGGGUUCCGGCCGGACCAAUCUCGACAAUUUUCAACGUUCGCAGACAGCCCAACACUCGAGCGCAUGUCGAUAGAAGAGCCAAUAUCGGGCAUUGCGUCGGGAGAGACCAAAUCACGACCUCAUAUUCCGUCCAGAAGUAGUACGAGUAAGGGUCAUCCCAACCAGGACCCGUUGGCGGUUCAGUAUGAGGGAGUCCAUGCCCCGUUGCCUGGCCCAAUACCAAGCAUAUACUCUCACGGAACCACAACGCCCGCUGUGGUGCGCCAUGCAUCACUCGCCUCCACCUCAUCUUUUGCAACGACGGCACGCUCGCACAGCACUCUGCCGUCCGGUCCGAGUCAUCCAUACGGCAUGUACCCACAAGAUACUGGGAUGGCCCGCUCAGUGAGUGGAGCGACCUCAUCAACAAUUAGAGCGCCUUCGCGGACUCAGUCAGGACAUCAUCGCCCGACACAUCCAUACGCUCUGUAUCCACAGAACGUAUUAGAGGACUCGGAAGAGACUACCAGCCCUGCACCACAGUUAAUACCAGUCGGCUUUCCUGGUAUGAGUACCGGAUACCAUAGACAGAUAGGCCCGGAUGGCGAAGACCAGGGCCUCAUGGGAUUGGACGGACACACUGAACAGUUGCCUCCGUACUCUAAAUAUCCAGAACAAGGGCCAGCGAGCCCGGUGGUUCCAAUGACCCAACCCGCGACACCACAGGAGAGCAUCGCGCUAGGCAACCUAGAUUCUCCAGAUUCUCAAACUACUCUCAUACGGCCAAACAAUGGCCAUGGAGCCGAUCAGCUAAACAGAAGCCCUAGUCUCCCACUUUCAGAGCCGCCAAGUUUCAGCAGCUCAGAAAAGUCGUGGAGUGAGAAAACGUGGAAGGAGAAGAGGAAGACAAGAUUCUUUGGAGGGAAGAUACCGCUAUGGGCAAUUGCAUUGGGAUUCGUUGUUGUGUUUGUCCUUGCCGUGAUCCUUGGUGGAGCCAUUGGAGGAUUGUUGGCUAGAGAGAACGCGCGCUUGGCUGCUGCUAGCUCUGCCACAGCGUCUAUGUACGACGCUUCGACUAUUGCGACGCCAACAGGCCUUGCUCCUCUACCAACACACACUACCUAUGCUCUUCCACUCGGCGAUCCGGAAUCGAGCUUGAAUGGUUGCCUUCCACUUGAGGGGCAGCGAAGCGCUUGGUCCUGCAAGAUGCAUGGCCCUCCUCUCCGCUUGAGUCUCGACCAGAGGCCUGGGAAGCCUCACAAAGAAGCCUGCAUUUCCCCGAUGUACCCGGAUGACGCCACUCUUAGAUACGGCAUGCAGCCGCCACAAUUCGACGUGCAACGACUUGUCCUUGUCCAUGAUUAUGAUGACCCGAGCAAGGGACCAGCAUAUCACUUCUCCGCGCGAUACGACAAAAUAGUGGUAGUGGCUAAAGAUGACUUUCUAGGUCUAGAAAGUAUGAAGAGAAGAGACUCCACAUCCGCCAGCGAGAGUGAGUUCGAAGUGCCUCCAGGCUUUCGGGGCAGACGCGAAGUGCAGGUUGGAGACUUACCAUGGUUCUGCGUCUGGAAUGAUACUUUCAUCGAAGGCUUCAUCUAUGUUAACGAGGACACUGCUGCGGCUGCAUCCUCCUCGUCUGCUGCUGCUGCCGUUGCCUCCGCCGCCGCCGCUAGCUCAUCUAGCUAUCCGACCACCCUGGCAACGUCGCCGCAGACAACGUCCACAUCAUCGCCAACACCCACAUCCUCCGACACAGUCGCCGCCGUCCCAUCGGGGCACGCAUAUUCAUACUAUACACGCUUCCGCUCGGGCCUGGCGAGCGCCAUACCCACGGAAUAUGCGGCAAUUUCCAGACCGGCGAUGGAGCGCCGCUACGAAAAGCUACCAGAGUUUCCUCGCGUCGUCAAGAUCGAAGAGCGCCGCCUACCCAAUAAUCCAGACUUCCCCUACUGCCAGCAAUGGCGUGUUCUAGACAAUGGCAAGGUGGUGCCGAACGCCGACAGCAAUGAGAAACCUAUAAUCGUAGAACUUGAAGAGGAAGACCCUCUUUAUCCAGGCGCUUCGGUUGUGGAAACGCGGCCAGCGACAACUGGUGGUGCUUCCGAAGUGAAGAGGUCCCUGUUUGAAAAAAGAAAAGACCCCUAUGGUGCUUGUCACUGUCAGUGGUCAAGCACGUAA